AUGAACUAUCAAUCCAUUCAAUUGGUUCAAAUCUUAUCAAAAAGAUUACUCUUCUCAACAUUUACCAAUCAAUAUUACUCAUCAAACUUGUUUUAUAAUAUAAUAACAGAGAUUGAUGAUAAUGGAGAUAUAAUAAGUUUAUUGUUAACUUGUAAAAAGUUGUACAGUCAAAAUAGUAGUAGUGUUAGAAGAUCGAUUCAGUUUAAAGGAAUAGAAGCAAUCAAUGACAAUGGAUAUAUAUCAAAACAGUUUAAAUCAACCUUUAAUCAAUUCAACCUAUCAUCAUUUAAAGAUAUAUUAAAGAAUAGUAUAUCUGAUCAUCAGGUGAUAGUACCCGAACAAAACAAUCUCAUUAAAGAUCCACUACACAAUAUCAACGACUAUCCCAAAUGGGUACAACAACGUAUCACACCAAACAGAGAAGAUACAAGUAAUAUUACAACAGCAUUGAUACAUUAUUAUGAAUCGGUAGAGACAUCAUUAAAGAGAAUCUAUGACAUGUCAUCGAUCGAGACAUUAUCCAUUACCGAUCGAUAUGUUAAAGUAGUGGAUCUUACCUCCAUCUCACUAUUGCCUCGACUAGAGCGUCUUGUACUUUGUGUACACUCGUUGAAGCUUGGUACACAUACAUCACUCAAGUCUCUUCAACUCCAUCUCUCAACCACAUACCCUCUUUGUCACUUUGGAUUGGACAAGUUUGUAUCACUGACAGAUCUGUCCUUUACAUACAAAAAUGUUACAAAUAUUGGACCAGGGCUAUUACCAAACAGUCUUUUAUCACUCUCUAUCAUAUCAAAGGGUGUACCACCACCAAAUACAUUCCUUUCAUUAACAUCACUCAUCAACCUCGAUUUAACAACACAUGAAAAAACAGAUGGUGAAGAUUAUGAUGAUGAUGAUGAAGAUGAAGAAGAAGAUAGAGAGGAAGAAGAAGAAGAAGAUAGAGAGGAAGAAGAAGAAGAGGCAAUAUACGUAAACAACAAUCAAGAAGAAAAGAAACUAUUUAUCAAUCUUGAUUGUUUGAACAACCUAAAGACACUUGGGUUUAGUGAUGACUUUGAAAAGGAAAAGUAUAGUAUCGAGAUUAGUGUACCUCAAUCAAUCAAGAAACUUGGUCUCCAGUCUAGAUGUGCAUAUAUCUCAUCCCAAUCUACAUUACCACAGUUGCAAGAACUACAUGUACGAGAAACUGGAUUGAAUGAUCACAGAGGAUUAGGUCUAUUGUCAUCGUCACCUUGUCUCAAACAACUAUCUAUUUCCUUCAAUGAUUACAUUGGACACGAUAUCAUCAUCCCAUCGACAGUUGAAAAACUUACAAUUUAUAAAUACAUAGAAGCAGAUGUACUCGAACAAGUUGUAUUACCAUCAUCACUCACCGAACUAUCCAUCUUGAGAGGAUAUGAGAACAAUUGGAAUGUCAAAAAUCUACCAGAAUCACUCAACAAACUAGUUUUGGAAUCCAAUGGAGGACAAGAUACGAUUGUAUUACCAACCUCUUAUCCACUGGGUCUUGAAACACUCGACCUUUUGAAUAUCAGAGAUAACUUUGUCAUGGAUGUCGACCAAUUACCAUCAACCAUCAAAUAUCUAUCAAUGGCACUAAAACCCAACCAUGAAGUAGAAAAGAAAGAUCUAAAGGGACUACCAAUCUAUUCAAUUGGAUCAAAGUUUACCAAAAAGAUCACCUCUUUUCAACAACAUUUACCAAUCAAUAUUACUCAUCUAACAUGUUAUAUGCGGAUGAGAAUGUUGUACUAUAAGGUUUUGUUUAGAUUGGAUGAAAUAAUCAAUCAAACCAAUGUUAUAUAUUUAACAAUCAUUGUUUUCCAUCAACCACCAUUACAUUUUUCAAUUAAAAGAUUGGACAGUGAUAAUAAGAAUGUAUUGGUAUUGGAAAAUGAUACACUUCAAGGUGGAAUAAUUACUCAACAAAAAAAAUCAAUCAACUCUCAACAACAACAAUAUGAUCCAAUUUAUUUAUAUUUUGAUCUAAAAGAACGUAUCUCUGCUGACAAGAGUGGUUUACAAAUCAAGUCUGGACCAGACCCAGUCUUUCCAAAUAGUCUGACAACACUCUCUGUGAGACCUAAAAAGAUACUAUCACCAGAUACAUUCCUUUCAUUAAAGUCGCUAGUAUCCCUCACGAUUGACCUUGGAACUUAUGGUGUGCAAGAAAGACCAUUCAUCAAUCUUGAAGGUCUACAUUGUCUCGAGACAUUUAUGUUAAGGGCUGAAUAUUAUGAGGGUGAAGACAUCUACAGCAUCUCUGUAAAUAUCCCAUCCUCCAUCAAGUUUCUUCAUCUCUUGUCAUGUGACGUACAAAUUCCACAACAGAUUAUGAAUGGAAAAUUCAAAGAUUAG